AUGCUGAAGCGACGGAGCCCCUGGCUGUGGCCCUCGCCCGCCAUCCUCAGAUACCUCGCCAUCGCCUUCCUGCUGCUCUUCGCCCUCGCAAGCAUGGCCCUCUGGCACGACACCAAGUUCUGGGACACGCCCGCCCUGCGCAAGAUCCCUGGCGGGCACAACCACCCCAUCAUGAAACUCAUGGUGGAGGCGAGGACGCGCCACGAGGCCAUGCUCAGCACCCGCAGCUCCGACCUCGACACGGCCGCCGCCAGGUACCGCGCCAGGAGGGGGAGACAUCCGCCCCCGGGCUUCGAUGCCUGGUUCAAGGCCGCCAUCGACGCCAAGGCCGUUGUCGUCGAGGACUACUUUGACAGGAUAUACAGGGACCUGACUCCCUACUGGGCCCUCGACCCCGACACACUCAAGAGGCGCGCCAGCUACUGGCAUUUUGUCGUCAAGGUCCGAGACGGAAAGGCCUCCCCGCAGGGCGACGUGGGAAAACUAGUGCCCUGGCUGCAGCUAUGGACAGACUUGGUGAAAGAGUUUGCCGCCCAUCUCCCAGACGUCGAUAUGCCUGUCAACUACAUGGACGAAUCUCGCCUGGUCGUGCCCUUUGACGCCGUUGCAAAGUUGGGCCUAAAGGACGUUGACGAGGCCGAUCCCAAGCCCAGCCCGUAUGACCCCAAGUGGCACGGCCCCGGCGAGCAGUAUUGGAACCUGGCCGUUCAAGGCUGCGGCCCAGACACGCCGGCAUAUAGAGUCAAACAGGUCGAGCAUUUCUCCGGCCCGGCCGAGUAUCCGCAAAACUACCGGCCAAGCUACGCAUACAAAGGCUUCGUUCACAAUUGGACCGCAGCCAUGGAUCCGUGUCUGCAGCCGCACAUUCGACAGCUUCACGGCACCUUCAUCGAGCCAAUCAGUCAAUCGACCUCGGAGGAGCUCAUCCCUCUAUUCGGCGGCUCCAAGCUGCCCAUGAACAACGAAAUCCUCAUCCCCGGCGCCAUGUACCUCAGCAAGAUGGAGUUCUACUCGGGCGGGGAGAGUCACGGACCGCCGUGGACGCGCAAGAAAAACGGGCUCGUCUGGCGUGGCGACGGGUCGGGUGGCCGUCCCAAGCCUCAUACCUGGCAUCACUUCCAGCGCCACCGUCUGGUCGAUAUGCUCAACGGCACCUCGGUCGCUCGCGUCGAGGCCCAAGGGACUCGGGCAAUGACCUUUGAGCUCCCGUCGCGAGAUGUAUACCCGAGACGUCGCACUCGGGACGGACAGCUGGGCCCCUGGCUGAGUACCUUUGCUGAUGCCGCCUUUAUCCACCUCUGCUCGCCCCCCGACCACUGUAGGUUCUUCAACGACACCUUUCACGCAGUCAAGAAAAUGCCCAUGAAAAAGCAAUACCGCUACAAGUUCCUGCCCGAUGUCGACGGCAACUCCUUUAGCGCGCGAUUCCGCGGCUUCCUCCGGUCUACCAGCCUGCCGCUUAAAGCCACCAUCUACGCCGAGUGGCAUGAUGACCGCCUUGUCCCCUGGCUGCAUUUUGUGCCGCUCGACAACACCUUCCAAGACCUCUAUCCCGUGCUCGAGUUCUUCGCCGACGGCAACGGGCCAGGGGACGUGGCGGCGCGCCUGAUCGCCGAGCGCGGCAAGGAAUGGGCUGAGACAGUACUGCGAAGGGACGAUAUGCGUCUAUACGUGUGGCGCCUGCUGCUCGAAUGGGCGAGAGUGUGCGAUGAGAAUCGUCAUACGCUUGGUUUUGUUGACGACUUGAAGGACAAGUGA